AUGUGUGACGUUGUUUUGGGAUCCCAAUGGGGAGACGAAGGUAAAGGUAAAUUAGUCGACAUCUUGUGUGAUGACAUCGAUGUGUGUGCUCGUUGUGCAGGAGGUAACAAUGCCGGCCACACCAUUGUUGUUGACGGUAAAAAAUUCGAUUUCCACAUGUUACCAAGUGGUUUAGUCAACCCCAAGUGUCAAAACCUUGUUGGAUCAGGUGUGGUUAUUCAUGUUCCAUCAUUUUUUGAAGAGUUAAAAAACAUUGAAGAAAAAGGGUUGCACUGUCGUGACAGAUUAAAAGUUAGUUCAAGAGCUCAUUUGGUGUUUGACUUUCACCAAAGAACCGAUAAAUUAAAAGAAGCUGAAUUGUCGGAGAACAAAAAGAGUAUCGGUACUACCGGUAAGGGUAUUGGUCCAACUUAUUCGACAAAAGCGUCCAGAUCAGGAAUUAGAGUCCACCACUUGGUGAACUCAAACCCAGAAGCAUGGAAUGAGUUCAAGACUAGGUACAUGAGAUUGGUUGAAUCGAGACAAAAGAGAUAUGGUGAGUUUGACUAUGACUACGAGGCGGAGUUGGCAAAGUAUGAGAAAUACAGAGAGGAGUUGAGACCAUUUGUGGUUGACUCUGUUGAAUUUAUGCACGAAGCCAUUGCCCAAAAGAAGAAAAUUUUGGUUGAAGGUGCAAAUGCACUUAUGUUGGAUAUCGAUUUCGGUACUUAUCCAUAUGUCACCUCAUCCUCAACCGGUAUUGGUGGUGUGUUGACUGGUUUGGGAAUUCCUCCAAAGACUAUUAGAAACAUCUAUGGUGUCGUUAAGGCAUACACCACUAGAGUUGGUGAAGGUCCUUUCCCAACAGAGCAAUUGAACUCCGUAGGUGAAACAUUGCAAGAUGUUGGUGCCGAAUAUGGUGUCACUACGGGAAGAAAGAGAAGAUGUGGUUGGUUAGAUUUGGUUGUUUUGAAAUACUCAACAUUGAUCAACGGUUACACUUCGUUAAACAUCACCAAAUUGGAUGUCUUGGACAAGUUUAAGGAAAUCCAAGUUGGUAUUGCUUACAAAUUGAACGGUAAGGAGUUGAAGUCCUUCCCUGAAGAUUUGAUUGAUUUGGGAAAUGUCGAAGUUGUUUACAAAACACUUCCUGGUUGGGAACAAGACAUUACCAAGAUCAAGAAGUACGAGGAUUUGCCAGAGAAUGCCAAGAAUUACCUCAAGUACAUUGAAGACUUUUUGGGUGUUCCUAUUCAAUGGGUUGGAACAGGUCCUGCUAGAGACUCGAUGUUGGAAAAAAAGAUUUAG